AUGGCUGAUGGAGAGGUACAUGAUCGGUACCUGGCCGAAGAGGCUGAGAGAUGGAUGUUGAAGUCUCCUUUUCAGGAACCUCUGAACUUCAGCAUCGCUUCGCGUAGCUCAAGUUCUCCCCAAAUCACUAUUUCUCCGAUCGACAUUUCGUCGUUCACCACGGAUCACUCCCAGCAAACAUGGCUUCCCACGCCCCCGCCCACACAGCCCUUGGCUUCCAGUUCGAACAACAGCAACAGCAACAACAACAACAGUGCCCUCGAGGACUUUGUGCUCUAUCCAACUCCACCAGCUCCUCAUCCGCAGCCUCAUCCACGAGACUCGCGCUUGCUAGCUCCAUCGAGCACUACCCUUAGACCGUCUGCUCUCCAGCCUUUCUUGGCUCAGAACAAUCCUAGAAGACACUCUUUUAGUCUGCAGUUGCAACGUCACCUCCAGCAACAGUUCUCUGGCUCGCCUAUCCCAGACCCCAGAGUGACCAAGCUUGCCCGGUCUCCUUCUCACUGGUCUUAUCCCAAUUCCAUCGCGCACACUCCGCAGCAUCACGCCGCUUCCGUGCCCUCACGUUCCCCUCACCGUCCCCCAGUUCCCCAGUUUUCUACCACACACAAGAUUCUGCCUACGCGCACCUCCCGUCGCAAUAUGUCUACUCCCAACUUCUCAGGUAAUACCUCCACACUCUUGCCACGCUCGUCCAACAUCCCAACUCACACAUCAUCUUCAGACCACGACGUCGAGCUCUUCGGCCUUCCCUCUGCUGGCUUCACCGCCGGCAUGGGUUCGCCGUUUGAACUUGGCCUCCCUCUGGAGUCUGACUCCGGUGCUUUCUCUCCUGCUCCUCAGGGAACAGUCUCGCCCAAGGAUCUCAUGAACGAGGGCAGCUCUUUCCCACCCUCUGCGACCUGGACCGACCUUAGCACCCCCUCCUUCGAGUCUCCUGAAGCAACUUUCAGCUCCAACACUUCGCCUCUCUUCACCGAAAUGGAUGCCUUCAGCCAGUCUGCUUGGCCCUCCCUCUUCGAGGGUGACGAGGCCUCUAUGGACGCUCUCAACAGCUUGGGUCUCUCUCUGGAGAACCCCGUGAAGCAAGAGAUGGCGCCCAUUGCCUCUGUUCCUGCUCAACCUCAGCGUGUCUCCACUCAGUCGAUCUCGUCGCCAAUCUCGGCUACUGGUAGUGCCAAGCCCUCCAGCGUCGCUGGCAUCACUCGUUCUCGCAAGGAGCUUUCGCCAAUUGCCUUCGACCCCACUGACCCUGUUGCUGCCAAGCGUGCUCGCAACACUGAGGCCGCUCGCAAGUCUCGUGCCAAGAAGCUUCAGCGCCAGAUGUCUGCCGAGACUCAGAUUGCCGAGUUGACACGCCAGCUCGAGGAGUCCCGAGCUGAGAAUGCCAAGCUCAAGGCUCAGCUGCAGACCCAGCAGCAGUUCGCUUGA